AUGGCCUUCAACUUCAACUGGUCUCCCUUAUCUACCGACGCCGGUUUCCUCCCACGCGCCCAGGAACUCCUCACCAAUGCUCUCAAUCGAGCCGACCCUAAGCCCGCCAUCAUUGUGGACGAUAUAAUCGUCAACGAGCUCAAUUUGGGCAAUGUUGCCCCCGAGCUGGAGAUCUUGGAAAUAGGCGACCUAGCAGAGGAUAGAUUUCGCGGCACCUUCAAAAUGACAUACAGAGGAAAUGCAUAUCUGACCCUCAAGACAAAGGUGCAAGCAAAUCCUCUGAAUACCUAUCUACAUACACGACCAGCCUUCGCGUCACCACAGCCUUUGGCUGCUGACAAGGGCCUGACCAUUCCGUUGCAAAUCACGCUGUCGGAGUUCCGGUUGUCCGCCUUCAUUAUACUCGUGUUUUCCCGCCAGAAGGGCUUGACUUUGGUCUUCCGGAAUGACCCCCUCGAAUCUCUGCGAGUGUCUUCGACUUUCGACUCGAUUCCCUUCGUUGCCAACUUCUUGCAGCGAGAAAUCGAGAACCAAUUGAGAGGUCUCCUCAUGGACGAAUUGCCUGCCAUUAUCCAUCGACUCUCGUUACGGCUGUGGGUGCCCGAAUACAAAGCGCGUGAAGAGCGUGAGCUCGGGCCUGCCGAGAGUUUCAAGGACGAGGUGGUGGUCGAUCCGCUGGCCAGUCCUCCGCAGGAUCCUGUGGACUCGACGGGGGCGGUGUUGACUCCCGCGGAGGUCGCUUCCUUGUCUUUAGACUCGUCGGUGGAAACCCAGUCGCUGUUUUCGAGGAAGAAUCUAAUACGUCUGGCAACUCUGACCGACUCGCAUCGCACGCUAUCGCUUUUCACUCCAUCGAUCCAGGAUGCUGUUUUUAGGGCCUGGACAGGACCCAUGGAGCGUGGAGAAAUGAACGGAUUGCAUAGCCGAGCGACUACCCCGGCUCUGUCUAGGACACACUCGUACGCCGCAAGUCUCAGUACUACGACAACUUAUACACUUGAUGGCACUUCCCACUCUCGGCCUGGCCUGCCUAGCUUCCAGUCCACCAGUAGUGGCUUAGGUUUGAACAGUGGACGUCACGGCCAGGGACAUAGAACGCGCAAAAGGAAGAAGCGCGUGGUCGACUUGCGAGCACAUCCAGAAACUGGCACGCCUGAGACGGCCAGUGAAUAUGGGUUGACUCCCGACACAGCAAGCGUGACAGAAAGCACGUCCACGGGACCGACUAUCUUUUCUGCACCUGCAGCAACCAUGUCUUCAGACCCCACGCGAGGGCUCGGUCUCAUUACACCGCCUGAAAGUCCAGUGGUAGCUAAGCGCAUUGGGACUCUCCAAGGCCGGAGUAACAGUGCUCUAGGAGAGCGUAGCGUCAGCGAAGGCACCCCAGGACCUGUCAUCUCGUCUGCUGCCGAAGAUUCUGCACACGAAGCCCACAAGUCUUCCCGAGCGAGAGACCCUGAUGCGACCAUCCGUGUGCGGUCCCGAAAACCAGUCCUCGCAUCUCUUGAUGAUGAUGAGACACCAAGAGCUUCAAUGUUCUUGCCGGACCAAAAAGAGCGUUCAGUUUCUCAACCAGCCCCUGAGGCACGUUCGGUCCAGAGGGAAAAGUCCGGCUCACCCUCGGAGGCCGGGCCUUCGCGACCAGCCCUCCCGAAUUUUCUGUCGUUUGUCACCGAUUCCUCCAAUGCCGGCACCAUCGCUGAACGAGCGUGGAUGAUGAAGAUCGCUAGCGAGAUGGCCAAACGGUACGAGGAGGAACGGUUGAGGGGCAGCUUUGGGCCCAUGUCUCCUCGUGACAUGGAACACACUCCACCUCCCGCUUAUGCGCGAUGA